AUGAAGUAUGGAGCGGCGCUGGCGCUGUCGGCGAGCUUGUUGCCGUUUUCUGAGGCCAUCAGUUUAGUGCAGCGAAGUCCAGACGCACGACCCAAAGCCGUCGGGCUAGACAUCCAACGUCGCAAAGUCGAAAACCCUCUCCUCCGCGAUCGGUUACGACGAAGACAAGAAAACACAGUCCAACAAAACCUCGACAACCUAGAAACACUCUACUUCGCAAAUGCUUCUCUCGGCACACCUCCUCAGGAUUUCCGCCUACACAUUGAUACUGGCAGCAGCGAUCUAUGGGUGAACGCGGAGAGCUCAACGCUCUGCAGUGACCAGCGCGACCGCUGCGCAGUGUCUGGCGUCUACAAUGCGAAUGAUUCGAGCACCUAUGAAUACAUCAACUCUCUUUUCAACAUCUCUUACGUCGAUGGAUCCGGCGCAUCUGGCGACUAUGUGGCAGAUACAUUCCGCUUUGGCGGCGAAGAGCUGCCUGGCUUGCAGUUCGGAAUCGGCUACACCUCGUCGUCAUCGGAGGGCAUCCUGGGGAUCGGGUACGCAAUAAACGAGGUUGCUGUCAACCGCGCUGGCCAGGAACCGUACCCGAAUCUACCGCAGCUGUUGGUGAACCAGGGCCUGAUCCAGACAAACGCAUACUCGCUAUGGCUCAACGACCUCGACGCUUCCACCGGCAACAUCCUUUUCGGCGGCGUCGACACCGCCAAGUACGUCGGCAACCUUCAAACACUCCCCAUCAUUCCCUACCAAGGUCAGAUCUACGCCGAAUUCAUCAUCGCCCUCACCUCGCUCGGUACAAACGGAAACACCAACAACCUCAUGUCCUCGGCCCAAGUGCCCGUCCUGCUCGACUCCGGCUCCACCCUCAUAUACCUCCCCAACGACGUCGUCACCACCAUCUACAGUGAGUUCAACGCAGAGUACAGCUCCGAGCGAGGCGCCGCCUUCGUGGACUGCGCGCUCGCAAACUCCGACGCAACCAUCGACUUCACCUUCAGCGGCCCCACAAUCCGCGUGCCUAUGAACGAGCUCGUGAUAGUAGCAGGCUAUAGCCGCACCCGCCCCAUCUGCAUCCUCGGAAUCCUGCCCGCGGGCGACGGCACCGCUGUUCUCGGAGACACGUUCCUGCGGUCCGCAUAUGUUGUGUAUGACCUCCAGAACAACGAGAUCAGCAUCGCGCCUACAAACUUCAACGCCACGGAGUCGAAUGUGCUCGAGAUCGCGAGAGGCGCGGACGGCGUGCCGGAUGCGACGGGCGUCGAGAACGCGGUCACGGCUGUGAGCGUCCAGACGGGCGGGGCGAUAAAUGGGGGACAGCCAUCCGUUACCGCGACCUCGACGGCUGGCGGGGUCCCUGCUGUCACUGCGGCGCCGAAGCUUGUGGCUGCGGCGGCGUUGGCGGGGGCAGGCGUGCUGUGGGCGUUGUAG